CGGCACUGUGUUCCAAUGGGAGCAUUUGUUACCAAAUUCGUCGAGGUCUGGCUCUCUGCUCUCCAUCAUUGCAGUUCUUCUUCUAGAUCUGACUGCGGUCUGUGAGUCCCCUGGUCCCUUGUCUUUCUCGCGUGUUGUUCUCGGUUCGUGAACAGCCUUUUUCUGCCCAGGUCUGCUCUACGGAAAGCAUUUUCCGUGUUUUGAAAUGUGUACGGUCUUGAUCAUCCAACAGUCCUUAUCUGCGAAUGGACAGAGUGGAUAACUGACUUGGUUGAGUUAUGAUCUCAGGGUCAGCUUCUGCUCCACGUCAGCUUCUCUGUCCAAAUCGCCACCCAUUCUAUGCUCCAAGUGCUUUCUCACUUUCGGCGAGGGACAUGUGCUUCCGCGCCAGAGGUGUGGUUUCCUGAUCGGGUGAUCCUGUGCACGCGCCUUUGGCCCCGAAACUCUACCCGCCCGGGAUGACCUCAGCCCGAUUUCUGACACGCUCUCGUGUAUAUUUGAGGCACAACUGAACUGUACACUGCAUAUCCAGGGUUCGCUUGCCACCCAAAACAUUUCCGAGCACUAGCUCGUUAUCGCAACACGAGUCAGUUCGUCUGCACAGCUCUGACGGUCCCGCAUUCCUUAGCGAUUCCUUAUUCUCAUUUGCGAAGAGCCGCCCGUCCCUGCUCCGCAAAUAUAAAAAAGACGCACAUUUGUUGGUUGAGCAACUCAUCCCACUCACCAACUGCGUCCGCUAUCUACUCCAGCUCCUCCAACCCAGUCCACAAUAACCCACGCGAUGCCCCAAUUUCUCCUCCACCACUCGCUCGCAUUCAACCCGCAGAGCACCCACCGAUACCAAGUUGAACCAGCGUUGCUAUGGGACUUGCGCUUCCCUGCCGAUUAUGCACGCCUCGCAUCUAUGCGUGACCGUCGAGUACCUUCCUCCGUAGCAGUUCAAUAUGCAACGUCUCCUCCCGUGCCAAUUUUCCGCAUUACCUGCGGUAUAUUCCCAUACCGCGAGUGGACGAUCGAAGUCCGUAAUUCGCGCGGUGUCACCGUUGGCGAUGUCUUGAACGCGCUUUACCGCGAAUUGCGCCACCGCGUCUCGAACACGGAAUGGACCGCUGCACCGAGAACUCACCAAGCACGUGUUGCGGAGACGUUCUACACCCGCUGCCGAAGAUCCGCUGAUCCGCGAUACGAGCAACGUGCAGGUGUAAGGCGGAUUGACUGGCUGCUCAAGAGCACAGUCUUCGUCGGGUUGACACCCUCUGUCGAACGCGCAUAUACUUGGACCCUCACAACGAAGCGUGCUGACAAGUAAACGCGGACGCACGUUGACGAGCUAUACCACCCCACCUCACUAUUCUCUCCCACUUUGGUACCGGCCUGCCGAUUCCGAAGUCCUCUUCUGUCUCUGCCUUUCUGUCAUUCAUUUUUAUUCUCUUCUGCAUUGCAUCUGUUUAUUCCCAUUAUUAUGGCCACGAACCAUGAUGAACGCACGCAUUUCACAUAUGAUUAUCCCUAGCAUUUGUAUAUUUUCCUCGCAUCGCAUUUGUGUAUUUGUACUGCACUUCCUGUCUACCCUGACUGCUAAUUCCUAAUCUUUUCCUUCUCGAUAUCGAUUCGGCUCCAUAGCCUGUGGCUUUAAUUAGCCUUUCUCUAGUUUCAUCGCUCGUUUUCACUUCUGUUCACCUUGCUGUUUCAGCCUACAGUGCUGCACUGGUCAUUACGUUCUUGUCUGCUCUGC